UGAGAACCGAACGAAGCCGCCUACGUAUGUGCCUAACCUAAUAACUCUCUCCCUCCCCACGUCAUGCUGUCUUCAGAUGAUAGUAGAGUCUUCUCCUCCCCACUCUUUCUGUCCCCAGUCCAUCCAUUUCCUACUGUUGUCUGCUAUUUCCUCCACUCUUUCCUUCCUUCCUACCCAAAAGAAAAAAAAUUCAAGAACUGCUCCAAACCCUAAAAAAGCAAAAGUAAUUAGUAACAAGGUAAGUAUUAUAUAUAGUUGACUUGAUUAGGUUUAAGGCUUGGUGGGUAUUUCUGGGGGUCCAUAAUAUCAUCACCUGGUCUGGCCCUAUUGGUGGUGCACAGAAAGAUAUGAUGGAUGAGCUGUACGGGAUUCACUCAGUGCUUGCUCCAUCAUCAUCAACUUCAACUUCAUAUGCUCCCUCCUCCAACAAUAAUGGCUUUUGUCUUGAAUCUGAUGGAAAUGAUCACCACCGUCGGAGUAGUAUGAUCAACGGCUAUGGUGAGGAUCUUCAAAGUCAACACCAUCUUAUGGUUGGCCAAGGUGGUGGUGGUGGUGGAGGAGGGGUUGAUGAGAUGAUGGUGUCAGAUGAUGUAAAGGCACAGAUUGCUAAUCAUCCUCUUUAUCCCAACUUAGUAUCAGCUUAUAUUCAGUGCAGAAAGGUGGCAGCACCACCAGAAAUGGCUACAAUUCUUGAAGAGAUCAGCCAAGUCAGCCCUCACCCUACCACCACUACCACAGCCGAUGAGAUUAUCACUACAAAUCCUGAACUUGAUGAAUUCAUGGAAUCUUACUGUGAUUUUAUGUACAAAUAUAAAGAAGAGUUGUCAAAGCCCUUUGAUGAAGCUAAGACUUUCUUGAGUGGCAUAGAGUCACAGCUCAACAGCCUCUGCAAAGAUACCUUACCCACCACCACCACCUUCAACAUCUAUCACUCUUGUGAUGAAGGAGGCGGGACGUCAGAAGAAGAGGUAAUAAGUUGUGGAGAAGCGGAAGUGGGGGAGACUGAAAUGGAGCUUUGGUCGUCGUCUCUGAAUAAAGGGGAGGGAGAUCAGCAGAUUAAGGAAACGCUGAUGAGGAAGUACAGUGGAUACCUUAGCAGUUUGAGGAAGGAUUUCUUGAAGAAGAGGAAGAAAGGAAAGCUCCCUAAAGAUGCCAGGGUUGCUCUGCUCCACUGGUGGACCUCCCACUAUAGGUGGCCCUACCCUACGGAAGAGGAGAAGAACAAGUUGUCAGAGAUGACAGGGUUGGACCAAAAGCAGAUAAACAACUGGUUCAUUAACCAAAGGAAGAGGCACUGGAGGCCAUCUGAAGACAUGCGCUUUGCACUUUUGGAAGGAAUAAAUGGUGAAAGUUGCAGGGCCGAUAAUGUGCUUUGAUGCAGGCAGGCGAACUGGUAACAUAGCCAUUUGGAAUAGUUACAAUACAGAAAUUAAUUAUUUCUGCUCGUAGAACUAUUCCAAUGAUGUCUAUUGCCACCACCUUUAACUUUGAAUCAUAUGGAGUUGCAUUGUUCCAAAAAUUGUGAAGCGUGUAUUUGGAAAGUGGCAUUUCAGUCAAAAAAACACUGGUUUGAUAUUUUAUGACGUUUUCAUUUAGUGAAGAUGUCGAUCCUUAUUGUUUGAUAACUAACAGUUUAUCCCUAGUGUUUUUGUAUGAAAUCGUGAAAACGGAAGCACUACAAAUAAAAAUGCUUUGAAAAAUA